CUCAAAAGUUGCUGGAGUUGGACCAGUCACUGCUGGGGCAAUGUGACUUUGGUGCGCUUGGUAAUAACAGAGCAGCACUGUUGUUUUCCUUCUCUUCCUCUAUGUUAGGACUAUUUAUUUUAAGGCGUCUGUCGAGUAUGAAUCACGGGAAUGGAGAGAUGGACUGGCGGUGGACAGUUUUCGCACUGUUUCUGAACUUUCAGUUCACUUACGGGUCUCCCUCAUCUUAUGACUUGUUCCAGGGGUCUCCAUACACCGGAGCGGUGCACAGACACAGGAAUAGGAACUGGUGUGCCUAUGUGGUGCGCAGGAACGUGAGCUGCGCCGUGCAGGGGAGUGUGGAGAGCUUCCAGGAGCCCGUAGUGGCCCCCUGCCCGGCCUACCAGCCCGACUGCCAGCAGCAAGUGACAUACCACAAUCGAUUUCGCCCCACAUACAAGAUUGCCUUCAAGACAGUCACAGAGUUAGAGUGGAGAUGCUGUCCUGGAUACCAAGGUCCAGACUGUAAAGAUUUAAAACCACCCCCAGACCCACAAAGAGUUCAGGGAAUACAGCCAUACCUACCACCAAAUCCUGGACAUACAACCAGACACACACAGAGACCAGAGCGGAGAGAGACAGGUCACCAUGAGAUGAGGCACGGCGGGACGGAUAAGGUGCAUCUUCUGGAAGGUGAAGUUCAGCGACUGUCUCAAACAGUCCUGGAUCUUCAGUCGGCUUUGACAGGGUUGACCGACAACCUCCGCACAGACCUGCAGGAAGACACGAAGAAGAUGCUGGUGACACUUAUCAACAAUAUACAUCCACCAGACAGUGCCACAGCCACAGGCACAGAGGAGAGCCCGGCAGUGCUUGAUGGUCAUCAGGCUACUAGAGGUGGGCUUGCUGGAGACAAGGCUAUAGAAAAAAUAGAGGCCCGGUUGGAUGACAUCAACAAUGCACUGAAAAGCAAGGAUGAAGCUUUGGAAGACUUAAGAGGAACCAUGACAAGUCAUGAGGGGCAGAUCCGUGUCCUGAUGGAUGCCUCUCAAUCUCAGACUCCAUCCAUGGUGGAGUUUGAUGUUAUACAAACCUACAUUGAUGGAAAAUUUGAAAAGCUUAAGAAGGAGCUAGACCAGAACGUGGAGGAACACAUGACCAAACUACAAAGCUCUUGCAAUGACAAGAUCGAGACCUUGCAGAAGACCUGUGAAGACAACCGUGACCAAGGUUUGGUCAGCCUAACCAAGCUGGUUGAUACCAAGGAGGCCGACCUGAGAAAGGAGAUUAGGGCACUACGUCUGGAUAUGGCUGCUGCAGAUGGACCUGUACGAACCCAGAGGCAGACAGAACUGUCCAAACCAGAGGAGGAUCAUAGUGACCACAAAGACCUCUGGCGAGAGAUUGACCGCAUCGCAGAGGCUCACCGCAUCCUGAAUGUCCGCAUUGACAAUGAGCUGGCGCACCUCAGCUCAGCACCGCAGGAAGACAAUGAUUUCAGUCUACUGGUUGAAGAGCUUGAGGCACGCAUUAAUAUCACGGAGCAAAACGCAGAGACUCACUGUUUCUAUAUUGAAGAGAAGCUGACCCGUACAAUUGCCGAGGAAGUGGCAGCACUGCGACAGCUGCUGAAGGAGCGCCUGAACACCAUGGAGGACCAGUUCACAAACAUGCUGGUGGAAAUGAGCAACAACUCCUUCCCUGGGAUGUUUAGUGACUCUAUGGAUGCCAUCCAGGCAGAAGUCAACAACAAUAAGUUCCUCAUCCAAGGCUUGGAUGAUAAGGUCAACGCUGUAGGAGAGUUAUGCUCUUCAGGAUGUUCAGGUUCAGGAAUUUCUGUAGGUGCAGUGAGUUCAUCACAACCACCGAAAACUCUAGAAAACAUUUUGAAGGAUUUGAGUCGAUAUAGAAAUGACUUGGAUGUUCUUCACACAGAUGUGAGUACCAACACACAGAAACUCAGGCAACUGGAAGACGUAGUUCAAAGGCAGACAGUCACAAAUGAGAGACGUGCUCAGACGAUGGAUGACUUCCAGAAGGGAUUGAUUAAUCUCCAAGAUAAUGUGCUUGGUCUGGCUACUGGUGUCACCACACUAAGUGACUCCUUGAAAAAAUACGACCAGGAUUUGUACAGAAUGAACAUGACAUGCUGCCAUGCAAGGCAAAGUGGUACUGGGAGUCCAUCAAGGGACAACUGGGCAUCAGUCAUUACUGGUCCCAACAGUCAGGCAGAUGAUACCAAGCGUGAGGUGGACGAGCUGAAGCACAAGCUUGACACGCUCAGUCAACAGGUGUCAUCUGAACUGAGUCAAUGUAGACAGAACACACAGGGUGUCUCUGAUGGCAUUUCCAUUGUAGAUGGACGCGUGACCAGACUUGAAAAGGUGUGUGGAAGGUUAGAUGGAAUUUCCGCCAACAUCAAAGAGCUGAAAGAUGGGAUGGAGAGACACAUUGGUGGUCUGCGGGACUGUAUGUACCGGAUGAACGUCACCUGUGGAAACCACGGGGCAGAGAUCGCUGCACUGCAGAAUUCAUUGCAGAGGGUCCAGGGACAGCUGUCUGAGAUGGCCAGACAUGUUAUGAAAGACGUCACUGCCAAAGAGCCAGGAAUGACCUUGAGACCAGAGAGGCCUGCUUCUCCGCCAGAUUCCAGAACCAGAAUCCAACAAAUCCACAUCCCUCUCAUCAUCCCACCGCCGCCGUCCAGCCCCAGGCAGCCAUACAGCCCCAGCCAACCAGCGCAGCCCAACACACACACAGUCGUGAUCAAUACACCGAGGCAGCCGUCCAACCCCCAGCAGCCAGGCCAGUCCAGCCUCCCCCUGGUUCCCGUCAGGCCGGUGGUGGAGACGGGCGAGGCCGGGCCCCCGGGGUACGUACGCAGGGUGACAGUGCGGAGAGGGUCGGAGGACUCGUCGAGAAUGCCGGUCAAAGGGUUCGCCGGCGCACCAGGCUAUCCUCCUCUGCAGCCUGCAUCGUUCAAGCCUCAAACAACCCGCCGCCAAGCUCCGAUAGCAACAAAGGUGCCAUGGAACCCGAUGUAUCAAGCUCCAGUUCACUCACCAGUUUCAGAUUUCAACAGCGCCUUCGCAGAUCCCUUCUCCUUCUCGGCUGGCCUCACGCAGCAGAGCCCCGCUGGAGACUUUGGUGUUAUCCGCUUUAACAGAAUUCUGGUCAAUGAUGGCGGACACUACAAUUCCCAUACAGGGAUCUUCACUGUUCCUCUGGAUGGCCGAUACCUGAUUUCCGGGCUGUUGACGGCGAGGCAGGGUGACCGAGUAGAGGCCGUCCUCUCUGUGUCCAACCGCAGCGUCCAGAGGCUGCAGAGCUCAGCUGGACCCGCUGCCGGUCAACACUGGGGCUCAGCCGGCGCUCACUGUGGCUGCGGAGGCUCGGUGUCCUUCAGCCUCAUCCUGCCCCUGAGGAAAGGAGACCGCGUGGGCUUGGUGAGGACCGGCGGCCAGCUGGCCACCACAGAGGCCAGGGAGAUCCUGUCCACCUACAGCGCCAUCUUCCUGUACGCACCACAGGCCAACAGAUAGCCGGAGCUCAGCUGGGACCGGUUUGCUCCCAGAUAGUUUGACUGGAGGGAAUGUUGAAGAAACUAUAUUUUUCACUGAUUUGCUGUGCUGCAGCUGUUUCACCACACAGUGCCACUGUGUGAAGAUCCUCAGUUAUAAAUUCAGUUUAGAUGCCAUUACAUUUUAAUUUGUAAGCCAUUUGCCAAAUAUACCCGAACACAAGAAGCAAGAUUUGUUUCUAAUAUAUUUGAUUAUAAAGUUGCCUUUUUUGUACCUAUUGUGAAUGUCUUGUGUAUAUAAGUGUUUAUAAAUUAACAUUAAAAAUGUCAUAAAUUGUAAUUAUUAUUUUACCAGAACCAUCUAUGAUCAACAUAUUAGAAUAUGAUAUUGUUGAUAAGGCAAUAAACCGUGUGUAUGUCACUUCAUCUCACUGUGUAAUCUACACUGUACACAGAGAGGCUGAUUAAUAAAUACCACCGAACUUGUAA